CAAGCUUUAUUGCUAACAGAAUGUUUUGAUUCAGUGGCUUCAGCAGAGUCGAAUAGUCUGUUUGUCGUCCAUUUGCAAUAAUAGCUGUAAAUCUGUGUGCUCCAGUCUGGUUGCUUUUUCUCAGUUUACUGGCCUGUUUCUGACAAAUAUUGGAUCAGUGUGUUAUAUGGCAGGUGUGUGGUGAUCUCCUUCCUGAUUACUGUCUCAGGUCACAUGGGUACAACACAGGAUGCGUAAUAAAACAGGAUUUCAUCGCAUUAUGUGCCAACAAUAAUGACCUAGAAUAUGUAGUUUUUGUUGUGUGGACAUGUAGGUUUGGGCCAAGUAGUUUUGUAAUGUUUGUUAUUUACUGAAAAUGGGCUUUGUGACUGUAGAAUUUGGGUCGUUAUGUCACAGCAUACUGACGCAGGACCUUUGCCCUCUCUCCUGUUGCAUCAGAGGCAAAACUUUAAUGAGACUCGAGGAUUUAAAGUCCACCAUUUUUAAUUUGCUGCAUAUGUUGUUAGUUAUAUUUACAUUGUGGUAAUAAAAUAUACCAAAAAUAGUUUCCGUAGAUCUCUAUAUAAUUCUCCUGUGCUCUGAAAUAGCAGCCUUGUGAUUUGGGAUUUUAAUACAGUUCCCAUCAAACCUUUCAAUAACAUCUCAAAGGGUCAAGACACCAAGCCCUGAAAUGCACUACGGGAGCUUGAUGUCAGGCAUAUAGAGAAAGGGCAGUACUAUCCGGAGAAAGGAACAGUGCAAUCACGCACCAGAAAAGUACUCGGUAUGCAUGUCCUUUUUGAACAGGAGCAGUGUUUUCCAUCAUGAGUAGUUUGGUUGAAUCUGAAGAGCGCUGUUUUGCAAAGCUGGGCCUCGCGCCUACUGUGCGCACGUGUGUGUGUACGAAGAACCAAAUGCAGUAGGAGCUGCACGUCCAUCAGUGCUACACGCAGAUGACGGCCAUGUGCUGGAAGUGUUUGGUUCAGUAAAUCGGACUUGCUGUCUGAAAAGUGCAGCGCGGUGAGUGGCGAUGCUGUCGGCGAGGGCUCUGGUUCAGUCAUUAGCCGGCGCUGACGGGCGAAGGUUAACGGGUUUGAGGUGCGUGUGAGAGCACGUGCGGACUGGAGCAGCUCAGCUUACUGUCUUACUGUAAAACUUAUUUUUUUGAAAAGCGAGUUCGGAGUGAGCUUCAGCGCUCCGCCACAUGCCAUUGGACGGUUCGCGGAGCCGAACGGAUCGGGGCAGAGGCAGGUCGAGGUCGCGGCGUCUCAGGACUCGGCGGUGAGACGAGGUGGACACGAUGGCGGGCGCCGAUGAUGUCACAGAAGGGGGCGGGGACGUGAAGGACGCGGGGAAGCCUGAGGCUGUGGAGAAGGCCGCACCGCAGGCCCCGCCCAAAAAGCCACGCAAGUGGGCGUGGUCCGUCCUCUUCCUCUGCUUCUACGGCUUCAUGUUCCAGUUGAAACCGGGGGAGCCCUUCAUCACCCCCUAUCUGCUGAGCGCUGAGAAGAACUUCACCCGAGAACAGAUCACCAACGAGGUGAACCCGGUGCUGGUCUACUCCAACAUGGCGGUACUGGUGCCCAUCUUCCUGCUGACGGACUUCCUGCGCUACAAGCCCGUGCUGAUCCUGCAGAGCCUGAGCAACGUGUCCAUCUGGCUGCUGCUGCUCCUGGGCUCCUCGCUGCUGGAGAUGCAGUUCAUGGAGUUCUUCUACGGCAUCAGCAUGGCGGCGCGCGUGGCCUACUCCUCCUACAUCUUCUCCCUGGUGCCGCCGGAGCUGUACCAGCGCGUGGCGGGCUACUCGCGCUCGUCCGUGCUCCUGGGCGUCUUCACCAGCUCCGUCACGGGCCAGCUGCUGCUGUCGCUGGGCGGGGUGGGGUACCGGGGCCUGGCCAUGACCUCGCUGGGCCUGGUCAGCUUCAGCCUGCUGCUGUCCUUCUGCCUGCCCUGGCCCAGGCGCAGCCUGUUCUUCAACCGCCACCUCCGCCAGGCGGCCGGCAGCAGCGCGGACGAGCUCAGCAGGAUGAAGGCGGACGGGCCGGACGCCGGGCCGGAGGCCGGGCCCCCCUCCUCCUCCUCCUCCUCCUCCUGCUCCUCCUGCUGGAGGGAGUCGCCGUUCGUGCUGAUGCUGAAGGAGCUGAAGAGCGUGGUGCGCGUGCCCAGCCUCCGCCUCUGGAGCCUGUGGUGGGUCUUCAACUCCACGGGGUACUACCUGGUGCUUUUCUACGUGCACGUGCUGUGGGACAAAGUCUUCCCCGCGUCCGAGAACCAGCGCGCCUACAACGGGGCCGUGGAGGCAGCCUCUACUCUCCUGGGCGCCAUAACGUCGUUCUCGGCGGGCUUUGUGAAGAUCCGGUGGAACCUGUGGGGGGAGCUGGUGAUUGGGGUGGACACUGCCCUGCAGGCCGGCCUCCUGCUCCUCAUGGGCACCACCAGCAACAUCUGGGUGUGCUACGUGGCCUACUCCUUCUUCAGGGGCUUCUACCAGUUCCUGGUGCCCAUUGCCACGUUCCAGAUAGCCUCAAAUCUAUCUAAAGAAAUGUGUGCCUUGGUGUUUGGGGUGAACACCCUCCUGGGAACCAUUCUGAAGACCAUCAUCACCCUCAUCGUGGCGGAUAAGCGGGGCUUCGGACUUCCUGUCCACCCUCAGUUCCUGGUGUAUUUUUUCUACUUCACUCUGCUCACGGUUUUGUACCUGGCUGCUGCGGCCUACGUCAUCUUCAAGCACUAUCGCAACGAGAGAGGGGGCGGGGCUGCAGAGGAGGCCACGCCCACUGAGCUCAGCCCCAUGGAGAUGGACGCCUGUGAGACAGAGUGUCUGGCCAAUGGGACGGGCGUGAAGGCCUGAGUGCUGCUGUGAAAGUGGCCGCUUGGUCUCGCGAGGUCCUGGGUGCUGGUGUGGAUCCUCCCCUUGCGACGGACCACCAGACGGAGGCCAUUUUGUGGAAGAGUGGGCAAAGACAGGAGAAGGGCCGGGAACAUCCUGGGACCGAAAGGCCAAACUCUGGAUUUCCCGUUUCGGUCCGACUGAUCAUUCAUGUCGGUAUAGGAUAGCAGCUGCUGCUUUGAUCAGAAAUGUGAAAUGUGCCUGGUAUCUGCCAUAGGCUGACAUGUGUUCAUGCAGUGAUUUGUAUGAGUGAAUAAUUAGAACACACAAGAAUCCAAGUAGCAAUACUGUAGUAUUUUAUUUUGAUAUCUUAAAUUUAUGUAUCUGUUUACCCCCCUUUACAAUACUCAAGGUUUAUAUGGUAAAGGACCUUGGGCAAAGAUCUUCCAUUUUAUUUUUUCUUCCAAGAUAUUUCCAUGUUGGUGGGGACAUCCACCCCCCCCACAAUAUGUUCGCGAUGCGCAGGAUUUUGAUUUAACUCCCAGAAAGCCUGUAGCAAUGAGGAUAGUGCUCACUAAUCAUGGUUCCAACUUAGAUUUACCAUAGUGAGCUUACUGCUCAUAGCUUUAAACAUGCAAAAAUUAUAAAUUAAAAUGUCGAAUUUCAAAUUUUCAGAACAAUUUCAGUUUUUGAUAACCAUAGGGACUAAUAUGAAUGAAUGGUCCACUGUUACAAUUUUCCUUGAAUAUGAAGCAUAUAAAUUGGUAAGUGCCAAGAUAUGGCAGUAUGCAUCUGUGCAGAUUACUGAUGAAAGUCAAGACGGGUGACUUGACUUAGCUCUUUCCUGGUGGGGAUUCUCAGUGUGGCAGACCAGCAUGUAUAAUCUAGGGGACAAGAUGUACACGUUAUAUUUUCUUUUAUAUUUGUGUAUUUUCUUUUCCUGUGAUACUUGCAUUUCAGCUGAAUGGAGGUCUUCCAAUAUCUAUCAUUCCCAAUUGGAGUCAGUUGUUCAGGUUGGUUUUGAAUGAAAUAUUUUUUAAGAACUGAACAAAAUCAGAAUGUAUUCAUUUUGUGUUUUUUUUUUUGCCCUUUGGACCACAUAUACAAAACAAUCAAGUUUUAUUUACUAGGAGGCUCACAGGAAAGAUGGUGUAACAGGUGUACCAGCCUAUUUUGUAAUGCUGAACAUGAAUUAUUUUUUUAUACUGAAUAUCAAGGAAUUUUUAUAGUCUUGAUUUUUAAAUUGUGCAGUGUUCUGUAACAGUUGAGGCCCAUUCUUUUCUGUUGGUUGUAUUCAAAUUUCUGGAUUCAAAUACUUUUCUGUGCUCUGUUGAUCUUGCCUGGUUUAAUUGAGCCUGCCAAUAUGACCAGAGGCGGGUUUUGAACUUUUUGAGAGUACUUCAUUGGUUCCAAUGCACCAGACAAGAUCAGUAAAGUGUAGAAUAGUAUUUGACCCAGGUUUGUAAAUAUUUCAGAAGGCUUACUGCCAUAUUUCAUAAAUUUAACAUCACCUGAGCACAAGAAGCUUUGCAGUGCUGUGAUUCACUGCUGUUUAUUUCACUUUUAUUCGUAUUUUUUCACAGUGAUGGGAUCAUCCCCAGUCCAAGUGAAUUAUUAUUAGUGAAUUGGUAUCAUUACAAUUAGUGAAUUAUUAUUAGUGAUAAUUAUACGUUGUUUCUGAAGCAAUGCAGACAGUGGCGGUAAUGUGAAGAUUAGAGCCCGACCGAUAUAUCGGUUUGGCCUAUAUAUCGGCCAUUAUUUGACUUUUUUGACAACAUCAGGAUCGAUGCCGCCGAUGUGUCCCGAUUUUUAAAUAAGUAUAAUAAACAAAAAAAAACAAUGAUUAUUUAUCUGUACUUGUCUGUUCGAACGUUGUAAUUUACUAGAAUUAUCCAGUAGAGGGAGCUCUAAUACAAGUGUGAACUGCAGCAUCUGACUUCUGACUUCUGCGCUACUUCUGUAAUAAGACGUUUGUCACUCGUGCCUCAUCCAGUAUUCUCCACUGCAAGACUUGUCUGCACAGAUUUGAUUGCCGCGAUAAAGGUAUGUAUAUUUAGUGAAAGUUUUUAAUUAAAUGCGUUUAUACGACCACUAUGUUUAUCAAUCCUCAUCAUCGAGCGAGCUAGCUAACGUAUUUGGCUCACUUUAGCAAGCUAGCUGGCUAGCAAGCCUUUAUGAAGUGGAAGUGAGCACAUAAGCAGCGUAGGAUCUACAUUUCCAGAGGACAUCGCUGUAUUCUCAAAUAAAUAACCAGCCAAAAUAAAAUGGUGAUUGAAUGCAUCACACAUUUGGUUUUUUAUCUGAGAUAAUGAUAUUAGCUAUGAUGCUGUGUCAAUGCGUUAUUGCAAGCGAGUGUGUCAUCUAGUCACGCGUCAUCGUAGCAAGCUAACCAGACAGUAAAAACGCCGAUAAAACACUUCUGACGUGGAUCAUUUUAAGCCAUGUUAUCUAGCUUUGUCGUGAUAACAUGAGAGAAGGAUUGCUGUUGGAGAAGUGAAUCAAUCAACAGUUAGCGCGGGUAACCUGCACGAAAGCGCAUUGUAGUUUUUUUUUCACGUAUUUCAUCCAGUCAAUUUAAUUUCAUCUAACGUUACACUUGAUUCAUUCUUUAGCUCCGCUAGAUAAUGUCUUACUCUUUGAGAUCAUGUAGUAGAAAUAAAAUAAGAAAAUAUAAUUCAUUUGACUUACUGAGAAUAUAUAAUAAGAAAUAAUGAGGCUGUGUCAAUAGCUAAUGCGUUAUUGCGAGCGAGUGUGUCAUCUAGUCGUGCGUCAGAGCGCAUUGUAGUUAUUUUCACCACCGAAUUCUUAUGGACAAGGAAGCUCGCUAGAUAGUCUUACUCUUUGAGAGUACUGAGAAUAGAUACUAAGAAAUAAUAACUAAUUAAUAAUAAUAAUAACAACAAUAAUAAUAUUCAUAAAAAUACAUGUUUGAAACUGGAAAAUUAAUUUUUUUUAGAUGGCUGGAAAAGAAAGGAGUAAAAGCAAGGUGUGGAGUUAUUUUGAUUUCACACUCUUAAAGAUGGUGUUAAUAUAUAUAUUUAAUUUAAUAUCAUCUUUUACAUUUUUUUUAUCUAAAAAGUUCUUUGUGUGUUUAUUUUUAUUUGUUUGCUUAUAAGUUAAAUGUUCUUAAAUAUAGAAACUUUAAUAAAAUAUAGGUUUUUUAAAUUAAUUUGAAAAUGUUGCACUUUUUGACAAAAUAUCGGUCAGAACAUUGGUAAUCGGUGGGCUAGGAUUCUCCAAAAUCGGGAUCGGCAUCGGACCCAAAAAUCUGGCAUCGGUCGGGCUCUAGUGAAGAUGUAUCUACUUAAUGCUGGAACUGAAUCAGUGAAUGUCAGUGACCGCUGUGCUGUUUGUAGAAGCUGACAAUCGUGCGGUUUUGAAAAGAACAAGCUUCUUAUUUUUUUUCCACACCGUACAGUGUUUCCUUUGAAUUAGAUUAAAACAUUUUUUUUAUUUUUUUAUUUUUAUGAUAGAUGAGGGGAUUUUUGGUCCUUAUAUCUCCAGUGUUACUGGCCUUAAUCUGUGAACCAAUAACUAACUACAAGUGUUACUGCUGUAAAAAUAACAUUUUUGAUUUGUACUGAUUUACAGAUAAACGAUUCCAAAAAGGA